AUGGGUCUUUACCGUAUAAAGGUCAAGAGUGGGAUGUCAGAGAGCUAUUUUGACCAGCUAAUGACAUUAGUUCAUGACAUGCUACCUCCAGAUAAUGUUCUGCCUAAGUCUACGGAUGAGAUGAAGAAGUUCUUAAAGGUGUUUGGUUUUGGUUAUGAUGUCAUCCACGCCUGCAAAAAUGAUUGUAUCCUUUAUAGGAAACAGUAUGCGGAGUUAGUUUGCUGUCCAAGAUGUAGUGAAUCAAGAUGGGAAAGAGAUAAGCACAAUGGUGAGGAGAAGAAAGGAGUUCCAUGUAAGGUCCUUAGGUAUUUUCCCAUAAAAGAGAGAUUCAAGAGGAUGUUUAGAUCGAAACGGUUGGCUGAGGAUUUGUGUUGGCACUUCAACAAUGCAAUUGAAGAUGGAUCUAUGCGGCAUCCUGUGGAUUCUUUGACUUGGGUUCAGGCAAACGAUAAGUGGCCGGAAUUUUCUGCUGAAGCAAGAAACCUGAGACUAGGUCUUUCUACUGAUGGGAUGAAUCCAUUCUCGAUCCAAAACACCAAGUACAGCACGUGGCUGGUUCUCCUAGUUAACUACAAUAUGGCGCCAACUCAGUGCAUGAAAGCGGAGAACAUUAUGUUGACGAUGUUGAUACCUGGACCAACAGCACCUAGCAACAACAUUGACGUGUAUCUACAGCCCCUGAUAGAGGACCUCAAGGACUUGUGGACCGAAGGUAUUGAAGUUUAUGAUGCCUUUAAGAAGGAGAGUUUUAAUUUAAGAGCUAUGUUGCUGUGGAGUAUCACAGAUUACCCAGCUUUAGGGACAUUAGCUGGAUGCAAUGUUAAGGGGAUGCAAGCGUGUAUUGUAUGUGGGAAGGAGACACCGCAUAGAUGGCUUAAGUUUAGUAGGAAACAUGUAUAUAUGGGCAACAGGAAGCGACUGAUGCCUGGUCAUCCCGACAGACGUAGAAAGGGUUGGUUUGACAACACAGUGGAGUCUGGUGUUUCAAAGAGGAUUCAGGGUGGGAAAGAAAUAUUUGACAGCUUUAGAGGAUUUAGAAAUGAUUUUGGAAAACCAUUAGCUAAAAAGGAGAAGCGUAAAAGGGCAGAAGCAGAAGAUGACGAUGAUGAAGCUGCAACAGCUGAAGAAAUCGAAGAAGAAGAUGAUUUAUGGAGGUUGAAAAAAAAGUCUAUCUUCUUUGACUUACCAUAUUGGAAGGAAAUGCCUGUCAGGCAUAACAUAGAUGUUAUGCACGUCGAGAAGAACGUCUCAGACGCACUACUAUCUAUUAUUAUGAAUAAUGCAAAAUCAAAGGAUGGGUUGAAAGCAAGAAAAGAUUUAGAAGACAUGGGAAUCAGGAACGUAGAAGUGGAUCAACAUUCACCAACUGAAGUUGAAGAACCCAUCCCUGCUUCUAGCAAUGGAGUGUCCAACACCGAUGACACUCAGACACAGCAAUCCGAGAUCAAAACGAGGAAGACAAGGGGUCUAACUAAAAUGCGCAAAAUGGCCAAAAAUGCAGAGGACAAGGUAGAUGUAGAGUUCAACUCCAUAGGUGAGCAUGUCGGUAGUGGAUCAGUGACACUCUCAUCCUUUCUUGGUCCUCUUGUGAGGGAGCAUGUGCCAGUAUUGCUAGAUGACUGGAGACACGUCGAAGAAACAACAAAAGACGCUUUAUGGGAAGAGAUUCAGGGGAGGUUCAACUUGACAGAGGAAUGGCAAAAAGAUGCAGUCUUUAAGCAUAUGGGUUGCUUGUGGAGGGCCUCGAAAUCUAGGCUGACUUCUAUAGUCCGUUCUAUUAAAAACAAGGCUCAGAUACAGAAAAUGAAGCCUAGCAACAUCCAAUCUUCUUCUGCUUGGAACAGUUGGGGAAAGCUAGGUACAAAGUGA